CACGUGGGCAGUGCCAACCCCUAAGUGUGGGCAGGGGCACUGGCCAUAGGACCCCAGAGUCCCACCAGUCCUGUGGCCAGACCUUCUGUGGGAUCGCCUGGCCAGCCAGGAGCACAAACUGACCCAAGCCCACCUGCUGCAACCCAGGGCCUGGCCAUGACUGUCACCUACUCGAGCCAAGUGGCCAAUGCCCGUUUAGGCUCCUUCUCCCGCCUGCUGCUGUGCUGGCGAGGCAGCAUCUACAAACUGCUCUAUGGCGAGUUUCUCAUCUUUCUGCUCUGCUACUACAUCAUCCGCUUCAUUUACAGGAUGGCCCUCACGGACGAACAGCAGGUGAUUUUUGAGAAGCUGACUCUGUAUUGUGACAGCUACAUCCAGCUCAUCCCCAUCUCCUUCGUACUGGGCUUCUACGUGACGCUAGUCGUGACCCGCUGGUGGAACCAGUAUGAGAACCUGCCGUGGCCCGACCGCCUCAUGAACCUGGUGUCGUCCUUCGUGGAGGGCAAGGACGAGCAAGGCCGGAUGCUGCGGCGCACGCUCAUGCGCUAUGCCAACCUGGGCAACGUGCUCAUCCUGCGCAGCGUCAGCGCUGCGGUCUACAAACGCUUUCCCAGCCCACAGCACCUGGUGAAAGCAGGCUUCAUGACACCCUCGGAACACAAGCACUUACAAAAACGGAGCUUGCCACACAACUCAUUCUGGAUGCCUUGGGUGUGGUUUGCCAACUUGUCAACAAAGGCAUGGAUUGGAGGUCGAAUUCGGGACCCUAUCCUGCUCCAGAGCCUGCUCAACGAAAUGAACACCUUGCGUACUCAGUGUGGACAGCUGUAUGCCUACGACUGGAUCAGUAUCCCACUGGUGUACACUCAGGUGGUGACCGUGGCGGUAUACAGCUUCUUCCUGGCUUGCCUGAUUGGGCGGCAGUUUCUGAACCCAGCCAAGGCCUACCCUGGCCACGAGAUGGACCUCGUUGUACCCCUCUUCACAUUCCUGCAGUUCUUCUUCUAUGCUGGCUGGUUGAAGGUGGCAGAGCAACUCAUCAACCCAUUUGGAGAGGAUGACGAUGACUUUGAGACCAACUGGAUUGUCGACAGGAGCUUGCAGGUGUCCCUAUUGGCUGUAGACGAGAUGCAUCAGGACUUGCCACCGAUGGAGCGAGAUAUGUACUGGAAUGAGCCAGAACCACAUCCUCCCUACACAGCUGCUUCUGCCCAAUCUCGCCGACCUUCCUUUUUUGGCUCCACCUUCAACAUCAGUCUGGAUAAGGAAGACAUGGAGUUUCAGCCAGAUCUAGAGGAGCAAGAGGGUGCUCACACUGGCAUCAUUGGCCGCUUCCUAGGGCUGCAAUCCCACGACCGCCAGUCCCCCAGGACAAACUCAAAGACCAAACUACUGUGGCCCAAGAAAGAAGUCCUUUCGCAUGAGAACCAGCCCAAGAACCUUGGAGGGGCCGGACAGAACACUAGCGACCAGGAAGACAGCAAGGCCUGGAAGGGGGAAGAUGUUUUCAAGUCCGCGGUGCUCUACGGAAGGUCAGGCUACCACAGUGCCCCACAGACACCCCUCAGCCACACCCCUAUGGUCUUCCCACCUGGACAGUCAGCACCCUCAAGUCUUCGCAGAAUCUCGGGCAUAGAUGACCCUGUCAAAGAUCAAAGCCUUCAGCCUGCAACCCCCAGGUCCAAGAAGAGUUUUGAAUUGCUCCCAGAGAAUCCUGGGGCCUCAACAGAGCACCCAGAAGUGAUUCACAUGAGAAGGAAAACUGUCGAGUUUAACCUGAUGGACAUGUCAGAGGCCCCUGAACAUCUCAGAGAACCGCAUUUGGGACAAUCAACAAGCAACAUACACACUAUACUCAAAGAUCAUGGAGAUCCUUAUUGGGACUUGGAAAACAGGUCUGUCCUAUACCCAAACCAGGGUCACUAACCCCCCAGCUCCCCAGGGGUGACCCUCACCAGCUUCCCUUGCUCUGAAUCCCCUUGAGUUCACAAUUCUCCUGUGGUCCUGUGACGGCCAGGGCAUGCUGGCCCUAUGCCCAGCACUGGCUUGGGGUACAUACCUGGCUGCCACAGCAGGCCCAUGGAAAGGUGUCAGGCAACUUUUGCUUAUUUUCCCCAAGAGCCUGACAUCACCAGGACUUCUCUGGGGCCCAGGUAUAGGAAGAUGAGGUAGUACUGACAGGAAUGAUGUCAAAGGGCCACGAGGCCAGGUUUAGAUGGGCAGAUGUUACCAGUGGACCGAGCUCACUUUAAGCAGGGGUGGCAAACAAAAACAUGGGGCAGAACUCAGGACUCUUAGGCUGUAGCCCAAGAACUCAACUUACUGCCCAGGCUUAGCUGGUAAGUCACAUAUGAGCUCUGCCCCCUACAACAGGGGUUCUGAAGCACUUCUGAGUAUACUAUCUGCAACCCUGAGAAAUGGCAGAUAAGGUGGGGGAAUCCAGAUCCAUUGGGGUUAUCUUAUGGAUCUUAUGCUUUGGGGACCUCACUAAAAAGACUUCUGAACUUAAAUUAGCUCUUCCUGUUUUGAGGUCAACCUAAAGCUGUUGCAAUACCACCAGAGGUUUCCCUUUAUUCCAGAUUUCCUGGACAUCCACUCACCCAGUUAGAUCCACACUACCCCACCCCCAAUCACCAUGUGAGAGGAAGUUUAACUUCCCAUUUCUGGACUCUCAAAGCAGUUCUUCUGUGGUCAUAAAACAUAGUUUUGAAAACUAAACAUUUAGCAAAUCACUGUGGCUGGUUGAGGGGUUAAUAGAGCAGGCUAGCAAUGAAUCUCUGCUGUCUUCCAACACUAUUCACUGGUGAAUAUUUAAGAUGUCUCAAUUUUUGCCCUCCUACUGUAGCUGCUAUCUUACUGAAAUGGAGGUGUCUUUCUAUACUCAUGUAAACUUUCUCGAAUUCUCACUAGGGAUGAAGCACAUUCCUAGUCUGCUUCCUCCAAGGGGGAUGCUCCACCGGCCUGGUCCUACCUGCGUGUACACCAGCAGGACACUGAUCCAGUCAUAGGCAUAUAGCUGUCCACACCGAAGAGUAUGUUUCUAUGAAAUAAAUGGUUAGCUUCAUGGAUAACAAAAAUCAGUAGUUGCAAAUCUACUUUAAGCCUUAAAAUGCCUUUUGUACAUGUAAAUUGUGAGCGCUAGGGCUGCUGGAAACAUAGAACACCUAAUUCAGAAUCAGGAGUCCUUAAGUUCUGUGUGAAUUCAAUACACUCAAGUCGUGGUAUCUUUCUCAAACUAAGGAAUUUAGUAAAUAAAUACAAAUCCUCCUCGGUGUUCCAUUUUGAUUAGCGUGACUGAACCAUGUGGUACUUACAUGUUCAAUCAAGAUGACCUAGAUACUU